AUCCGCAUACCGUAGAGAUCUACUCAAGGGGCCUGAUUCAGCUAGCUGCCUGUCUGUUCGUUGGCUAAUGUAACGUUAGCAGGACUAGCAGCUGUCAAGCCCCCUCCUCCCCUGAAACGUGUUGAGGUAGCUGCUCAGAGUAAAUGUUUUUAGCUCGCUCGCUGUUCAAGAUGUCAGGUCACAAUCCCUUGUUGAGGCUGGAGCAGCGAGCGUCUGAGGCGGACCAGAUCAUCGAGUACCUCAAACAACAAGUCCUGCUGCUGAAGGAGAAAGCCAUCGUCCAGGCCAGUGUCAGAGAAGAGAAGAAGCUGAUGGUGGAGAAUGCCAAACUGAAGAAUGACAUUGACGAUCUAAAAAAACAGCUGCUGGAAAAAGAAAAGAAGAGUGGAGUGCUGGCAGUGCCCAUGCCAUCGGGCGACAACAGUGUUGAAUGUUCGAAGCCCACCCCUCCCAAACCCUCUGUAGCACCUGCCUCCUCCCCUGCUGCUGCUGUCCAGAGCCCCCCUCCCACAGACGAGGGUAAAAAGAAGAAGCCAGAGAAAAAAGGAGGGGAGAAAACAGAGAAGAAGCAGGCAGCUCCCAGUCAAGAAGACGCCAAGGUGGACGUGUCUCGUCUGGACAUGCGUGUUGGACGUAUAAUCACCGCUGAGAAGCACCCGGACGCAGACAGCCUGUAUGUGGAGCAGGUGGAUGUGGGAGAGGCUUCUCCACGGACAGUGGUCAGCGGGCUGGUCAAGCACAUACCUCUGGAGCAGAUGCAAAACCGCAUGGCAGUCCUGAUGUGUAACCUGAAGCCAGCCAAGAUGAGAGGAGUGGUGUCCCAGGCCAUGGUGAUGUGUGCCAGCUCCCCAGACAAGGUGGAAAUCCUCGACCCCCCGAGUGGAGCAGUACCAGGGGACAGAGUCACCUUCCAGGGCUUCCCAGGUGAUCCAGACAAAGAGCUGAACCCCAAAAAGAAGGUGUGGGAGCAGAUUCAGCCCGACCUGCGCACGGACGACCAGUGUGUUGCAACGUACAAGGGAUCUGCCUUUGAAGUCGCCGGCAAGGGAGUGUGCAAAGCCCAGACCAUGAGCAACAGUGGAAUCAAAUGAAAUAACAGAGCUGCUUGAAAUAACUUGAAACAAGAUGGUGAUAAGCGAAAGUAAAUGCUUCGAAGAUGUUCAAUAAAGGGUUUUGAAAUUAAACAUA